AUGAAAGGCUGGGGAGGCCUUGUAAAGACUACAUUACCAGAAGCCAUUAAGCGUGUACCUACCACGUAUCUUGAUGGAAAUCCAGGAAACAAUACUUGGUGGUAUAGUGUUGGAAUGUUAUGUAAUUUUCCUGAAAUGUAUGACGAUAAAGGAGUCCCUGCUAGUGAUCAAGUCAAAACUAAACAAGUUUGUCUUUGGAGCGCAAUUAGAGAAUCAUAUUGUGAUUUUGCUAAAUAUUCAUGCAUUUGCUCAUUUUACAAUUCUUUAACGUUUGUAUUAAUGUCAUACUUAUUCAUUUGUUCUUGA